CACUGAUCCGCGAGAACAAGUGUCCAUAACCCCCAGUGAUAUUAUUUAAUCAUGUUCUCCAAGCUUUCCACACGCGGCAUUGCCACCCGCAUCGGCUAUUUGGCCCAGAAGGCGGUCUCCCAGGAAUCGGCUGCUCCUGCCGCCGGAUCCCUUUCCGAGGCGGUGUUUGCCCGUGAAAAUAAAUACGGAGCCCACAACUACCAUCCCCUGCCGGUGGCACUUUCCAAGGGCGAGGGUGUCUUCGUGUGGGAUGUCGAGGGUAAGCGCUACUUCGACUAUCUGAGUGCCUAUUCGGCGGUCAACCAGGGCCACUGCCACCCGAAAAUCGUCAAGGCCCUUACGGAACAGGCCUCCAAGCUGGCCUUGACAUCCCGUGCCUUCUAUUCGGAUGUCCUUGGCGAAUAUGAGGAAUACGUGACUAAGCUCUUUGGCUUCGACAAAGUACUGCCCAUGAACACGGGAGUCGAGGGCGGCGAGACGGCCUGCAAGUUGGCCCGCAAGUGGGGCUAUCUCCAGAAGAAGAUACCUGCCAACCAGGCCAAGAUCAUCUUUGCCCGCAACAACUUCUGGGGACGCACCCUGUCCGCCGUAUCUGCGUCGAAUGAUCCCAGCAGCUACGAAGGAUUCGGUCCUUUCAUGCCAGGAUUCGAGCUGAUCGAGUACGACAAUAUCACCGCCUUGGAGGAAGCUCUCAAGGAUCCGAAUGUGUGUGCCUUCAUGGUGGAACCCAUUCAAGGCGAAGCUGGUGUGGUGGUGCCCUCCGAUGGCUACCUUAAAAAGGUCCGUGAGCUGUGCACCAAAAACAAUGUCCUGUGGAUCGCCGAUGAAGUGCAGACUGGAUUGGCCAGGACUGGAAAGCUUUUAGCUGUCAAUUAUGAGGAGGUUCAGCCUGAUAUCCUGAUCCUGGGCAAGGCCCUAUCCGGUGGCUUGUACCCGGUAUCCGCUGUGCUCUGCAAUGAUCCUGUGAUGCUGUGCAUCAAGCCUGGAGAGCACGGUUCCACUUACGGAGGCAAUCCCCUGGGCUGCCGGGUUGCCAUGGCUGCUCUGGAGGUCCUGCAGGAGGAGAAACUGGCCGAGAAUGCCUUCAAGAUGGGUAAACUGCUGCGCAGCGAGCUCUCCACACUUCCCAAGGAUGUGGUGUCUGUGGUCCGUGGAAAGGGUCUGCUCAACGCCAUUGUCAUCAAUGAGAAAUACGAUGCUUGGAAGGUGUGCCUGAAGCUUAAGGAAAACGGUCUCCUGGCCAAGCCGACCCAUGGAGAUAUCAUCCGAUUCGCCCCGCCCCUCGUUAUCAAUGAAUCCCAAAUGCGGGAGAGCAUUGAAAUUAUCAAAAAGACAAUUCUGUCGAUGUAAUUUUGUCUGAAAACUCGAAAUAGCCUUUAUUGUAACUAGUUUCUGUUAAGUUUCCAUGUAAAGUCUGAAAUACAUUUAAAAUUUGUGUCUUCCAUUUUUAAAA